AUGGCUGCUGAAGCUCCGUUGAAUGCAAAGAUUCUCCUGAUUGGAAACUCGAGCGUUGGCAAGUCGAGUAUUCUGUUACGUUUCUCGGACGAAACGUGGUUGAGUGAAGAUGAGAGUAGUGCUACUAUCGGAGUAGACUUUCGAGUAUCCAAGAUGGAGGUGCGGGGAAAGAAGGUUAAAUUGAGCAUCUGGGACACGGCUGGGCAAGAACGGUUCCGCACCAUUACGUCCUCGUACUACCGAGGGGCACAGGGUAUCAUUCUUGUUUACGAUGUGGCGAACCGAGAAUCUUUUGAAGCGUUGCCCAAGUGGUUCUCGGAACUCGAAACGUAUGUGUCCCCAAACGUGGUCAAAAUUGUUGUCGGGAACAAAGUAGAUAAGGAAUUCUCGCGUCAGGUUACGACAGAGGAAGGUAAGGCUUUUGCAGAGAGAAUGGGCACGCUUUUCGUCGAGUGUUCGGCAAAGACCAAAGUUGGUGUGCAGGACACGUUUAGAGAACUGGUCGAAAAGAUUGUCGACACGCCUGAAUUGUGGGCCCCUGCCCAGCCCAAAGUCGGUGUAGCCGCUGCAGGAAAUAGUACACGUGUGGGCGGGGGACGAACUAUUCCUGGAUCAGUCAACCUCGUAGACGAUGUCCAUGCUGGACAAGAAGGCGGAGGAUGUGCCUGCUAG